AAAAAAAAAAAAAACGAAAUAUUAAUUAAUCAAAAAAACAAAAGUUAAUAAUAAUUAUGAUAGUUGUCUUCAACUAAGAGAAACUAUUUCCUUCCAAUAAUAAGUUAUGGCUAUAUGUUUUAGUUUAUCGGCCAUCAAGGUGCAACAUAUCUUGAUACUGUUAAUCAGUUAUUUAUUCAUCGCCUCGACUGCAGGUAUUACAUGCCCAACGCUAUGUAAAUGUACGUGGAUUUUGGAUAGUCUCGAGGUGAAUUGCGCUCAUCAGGAGUUAAGCGAAAGUCCCGAUUUUGAUAUAAUACCCAUUGAAGUUCUUGAUUUGUCGCACAAUAAAUUGGAGGAUUUUCCUCACGAAUUAUCCGCUCACGAAACAUUAAUUUAUCUGGACUUAUCCAAUAAUCUAAUCAAAUAUCUGGAACCAAUUGCUCUAUCGAGCUUUACGGGUCUCAGAACUUUGCUAAUGAACAAUAACAUGAUAACACGAUGGUCUCAUAUAAAUCCCGACGAAAUUCUUCUUAACGCCGUUAACUUGGAACAUUUAAGUUUAAAUGGCAAUCAAUUUGAAUUCUUCAAUGACGAUGAGAGCUCUCUAAUGCUGACGAGUGAUUCGCUCACACAUUUGGAAUUGCAAGGUUGUGGCAUAAAGAAAGUUGGCGGCGAUAUACUAACGGAGGCUUUACCCAAUUUGGAAUAUUUGAAUUUGAAUAACAAUUCUUUAGAUUCAUUGGAUGUAUUGCCUUCGUCCAGCUUAUUAGGUCUAGAACUGAGUAACUGUGACUUACAAUUCCUACCAGAAUUUUUUAUGUCCGAGCUACCGAUGUUAACAUUUUUAAACUUAUCCUGGAACACGGAUUUAAGCGACGAAGUGUUUAAGUCUCUGAAAUCGACGACGCUUCGUAAACUGGAUUUAUCCUAUUGCACAUUGGAUGCGAUCGAUGUCUCUCAAGUUUCGUCUUUAAGCCAUUUACAGUUGCAAGGAAACAUGUUAAAUUUUAUUACAUCGAGGACAUUUCAAAAUAAUUCGCAAUUGGAAAUGUUGGACUUGUCGCGCAACUCCUUACGCUCCAUAGAUUCGGAGGCAUUCAUUCAACUAAAACAGUUAACGCAUUUGGAUUUAGCUUACAAUCAACUGACUCGUCUCGAUCGUAACGUUUUUCGCUAUAAUGAGAAAUUGGUUUCAGUAAAUUUAAAUCGAAAUACUAUUGAAAAGUUUACAAAUUUGGUUUCGAGUUCUUUACGGGACAUCAGUCUCUCUUGGUGCGAGAUAAUACAAAUCGAUGCUAAUGCUUUGUCGGGCUUAAAUAAUCUGCAAAAGUUGAACUUGUCUAGGAAUUUAAUUAAAGAUUUUCCCGACAACAUGGCUUCCGAUACUUUACAGAAAUUGGAUUUGAGUAACUGCCGUUUAUCGAGUUUGCGCAACACAACAUUCGAGUUUUUUCCGGAGCUGGCGAGUUUGAAAUUGAAUGGCAAUCGUUUCACUAAUCCAUUUCCCACCGUCUACUUUAAGCGGAAUAAAUUUCUUGAUGACAUCUGGUUAGGUGAUAAUCCAUGGAUUUGCAAUUGCCAGGAUUCAGUAUUUGUCGAGUUUAAUGCUUACUUAACAAGGCAGCCAAGCAAAAUCAGAGAUAAAAGGAACUUAAAAUGUGCCUCACCAGCUCACUACUAUGGCAAAACAUGGGAAUCGGCUUGCGGGUUAGAGUGGCUUGUCGAUACAAAUGAAAAUACCAGCACGGCCGCCAAACUUUGGACAAUCAUUUUCUCGAGCGCGCUAAUAAUUGCUGCAUUAAUCUUUCUCUUUGCCUGUUUUCAACGGUAUAUGGUCUACCGUCGAAAAUGGCUGAAUAUGGAAGAGUAUCGCGGCAAUCAGGAAGAAAUGAGAGCCAUACGUCGCUUGAAUCAUCGCAUUCUAAGUGAGGAGGCCGCGCCUAAUGCUCCCAGCGCGGAUGAGACUAAUUUACCCUCCUACGAAGAUGCUUUACAUAUGCCCAAGCCUCGUUUUGUACGGUCGGCGAAAUCUUUAAUGGAUUUAUCAUCAGAAACUAAUCGUCGCAGAAAAUCACUUCGAAAACUUCUCACUUCGCCAGAAGAUGACAAUGGCGAGACGGAAGAAGAGGUCGCCUUAAAUUUGGAUCUUCAUUUGCGUUUUCAUAGCGAAGAAAUGCUAUCGAAUCGCGAUCGCGAACGUUUAGUGCGAAUUGAACCUUCCCGUCGUACGGAGCGUAGUCGCAGCAAUUCGAUUGCUGCUCGUCAUUUUAAUAAACACGACAAUCGCUUUCCUGCCGCUUACUUGAAAGCUCAAAAUUUACAAAGUGCCGAACAAAUCGCCAAUUUUCAAAGUUACGAAAACAGUCCGUAUACGAAAAGGAAACCGAAAAUUGCAGAAAUUCCACCUUUUAAGAGAGCGACACUUAAGGCCGAUUCAGUGGAAUUUUUUACCGAUAACGAUUACGAGACAUUCACCAGUAAACCUAAUAGUCCGUUCGCCAAACGCAAACCGAAAAACAUCAAGUCGGAAACAAUCGAAAGGCCUUUGCCGCCAGCGAUUGAGGAUUAUUAUGAUAAGCCUCACGGCUCUCCAUCAAAUUCACGAGAAGGCAGUGAUUUUCAUGUGGUCGUUGACCCAGAUAUUCGUUCCUUAAAAGAUAGUCAUAGUACGACUUCGUCCGGAUCAGAGACUGAAGUCCAUUUAUUGCGUCCUAAGCGUAAAAAGGCAGCAAACACAUCUAGUCAUGAUACUGCGAAAGCAUACCGUGACGUAUAUGAUGGCUCCUCUUCUGAUCAAGAACCCAUGGUUGUGGUUCAUAAGUCAAUGCGUGAGACCUUAUUUUAAAUUGUUUUUUAAGUAAUUGUUUCAAUUAGUAUUAAAUAUUUUUAUAUAAUAGAAUAAAGCGUAAGUGUGUAAGUCGAUCUUAAUUUGAAGAAAACAGCAAGUAAGGCCCAUUUUUCUACCCUACACUACUUGCAGCGCGAGCAUAUAUUGGCUUUGUGCAGAAGUAUUGAACACUCGGAAGGGCUUGAAGUAGACACAAUUUUUAUGGUACCGUUCGAGCUUGUCUGUCCGUCCGCACCUCUUGUGUUCCUAUGUUUAACCGGCGGAUAUAUUUUAAUGAAAUUGGGUGCGCCAACUCCCCAUAUAAUAUCGCACUUUGAAUAAUCAUUAUAUGAAGCGGAUUGACGUAGGCAUUUACUGCUGCACCGUGUCUCACUACCGUGUUUUUACUUAAUGUUUUAUAAGAAGUAUUUCAGUCAAUUUUGAUUGUAGAUCAUCCUAAGGCAUGUAUUAAGCGCUACUUUCCGGUCUAAGAAUCAUCUCCAUUUUCGAACUUCUUAAUAUCUGUGAUUGUGCCGGUUAUAUAGGAAUAGAGUAAAACGAUUUGGUCGAAUUUCUUUCCUAAACGGCACGACAAAGUUAAUGUAUUGCUAAGCUUAGGAUGCAUAUACAUUGUUAAUCAAUAUCAACAACUGAGUCGAUCUAAGUAUGUCCAUCUGUGUUAUGUCUUUUGGUAAAAACUGUGCCGGCCGCAAAAAUUAAUCGGUUUUAAAUUUAACAGAAACAUUGAAAGCUCUUGGGUAUACGUUGAUACUGAGAAUGAGCCAAAUCGGUCAGAGAGGACGGCAGAGAUCACUGUUUAGCCCACGGAAUAAAAUUCACAACUGCCAAGUGGGUGGUCGCAGGUUCAAAUCCUAAGCUAAGUAGCUAAGCAUGGGCAGCUAUAUGCACUUGUGUUCCCUUAUUAAGCCA